UAGAAACCCUUAUCAUAUCCUAUUAACCCUAACUAUAUCCUCUUGAAUUGUACAAGAACCACAAGGAGUCCAGUGUUUAAAUCGUUCCGCUCAAAAAAUGGGGUGGCUUAUCAUCUUCGGCCAGCUACGGACCCUACAAUAUGAUUCGCUAUUUAAGGGAAAGAAAGUCUAUCUUUGACGAGUGCUUAAUGACCCUCUCGACACUGGCAUCGCCAGUACCAGUUGAGACGCCCACAUCCAUCAACAACCAAGCCAAGCCUCCUGUCCUUAAAUUACCGCAAUUACACCCUCCAGUUACGAUCGCUCCAUUACUGCCAUCAGCACUUCCUGUACCUGACCUUACUCAUGGAACAACCCCUGUUGUGAGCAAACGAAAAAAGGCCAAAGAUGCAACAUCAGUUGGUGGGUCUACAGCUAUUGCCCGUACGUUGAUGAUGCAGGGACUCUACUUAUUUUACAGGACCCCUGUAAAGCUUUUCAGGCCUCUGCGAGUGGAUUAUCUUAUUAUGGCCAGGGCACUUAUGCCUGUCGAUGAGACAACCUCAAAGAAAUUUUCUUUACGCUAUACUUCCAUUGGCAUGAUAUCCCACGCCGUCAAAACCAAGGGGUGGAGUUUCAUUCCCCGGCACAUCUUUCCUCCCUUGAUCGCCAAUACGGUCAUUGGCACUGUGCUGUACACAACCUAUAUCGCUACUCUCCCACUCUUCCACCCACCUAGCACAUUUCAGCUCCAUCGUCCAUUCCCUCCACCUCCAUUUUCUGCCGUAUUCGCAGCCGGAUGUUUGGCAGGAGCAGCUCAAUCAAUUGUAGCCGCACCAUUGGAUUCACUCAAAGUGCGUUUCGAAGUUAGUGAUCUUUUGGAGGGAAAGCACAAGUCAAUGUACCAGUUCGCAAAGUCAACCCUAAAAGAACUCGGAGUGGCGAGUGCUUAUCGAGGAUUUACCUUGACUUUGAUGAGAGAUUCAUUAUCUUGUGGUCUUUUUUUUGCCACAUUUGAAUGGGUCAAGCAGCAAGGAUACUACUAUUAUCUUGAUGGAAUAUAUGACCUAAAAGUUGAUUCUCACAAGUCACUUAAUGAUCUCGACAGCCGAUGGAAUACAGAAGACGAAGAUGAGGUUGAAUUGACUCCGAAGCCGGAACAGCCUCCGUGGAUGCUUGAGCCAAUGUUCGUUAUAUUAGCCGGAGCAACAGCAGCUGUGGCCUAUCAGACAAUCGAACACCCCCUUUCCAAGAUCCACAGUAUAUUUUAUAUUGAAGAAGGGCAGUCAGAGUUUACCAACAAGUCCUCCCGUGUACCUGUUGAUGAACUUUACAAGAGAACAUGGAAACAGUGCAAGCUGCAGGUGCGAUUAAACGGCGGAAGCUGGCGUAGAUUCUUGUAUCAAGAAUUUGCAACUACUGUCAUGAAAGUCGUGCCAGCCACCAGCAUUGGUUUCUUAGUAUUUGAACUUGUAAAGAGAGAAGUCGACUUUAGAAGUUCUGACUUUGAUGAUGCCUUUUCAAACGCAGACAACAUUCAAAGACUUUCAACACCUUGAUCAAAAUCCCAUCCUUUAUAUGCAUUGUACAUUCAUCACCUGACUCUAAUCUCAUUCCUGUCCUAUCUCUUCUUUAAUGAACACACCCAAACCCUUGCAUACCACAAAGGUGUCGGUGGCUUAAUAAGUCAUGACCUCACCGUUGUCGGAGAUUAUUCCGAGAUGUUAUUUUCUUGACGCGUCAGAUCUGCUUUUUUCUUCUUCUUCUCUAUUUACAAAAAACAUGGGUGUCAA